UCGUUUUCAUCUCGGCGUUGACACAGAAGGCAGAAAAACAAAUGUGCACGGUGUGAAUGUGCGCUGGAACUGGAGGGGGGAAGCGCUCUCACGUUGUGUAUCCUGUUGAUCCUGCCGAGCGUUUAAGAGGAGCACACAGCUCGUCAGGAGGAGGACAAGCUGCUCGAACGAGCUCCACUGGAUGGCUUUUCUCCCGGGGUUUAUGUGAACACAGGACGGAUCAGGGGGUUUUUGUAUGACCUCUGGUUUUGUUUCGGUUCCGCGCUGAUUGGACACGUUUGGAGAAGAAAGCUGCUCUCCAUUUUCCAGCCUCUUCUUUUUCCACAGAAGAAGGAGAAGCAGGUCGUGAUUUUUUUGUAUGCAACAUAACGGGAUUCAUGGUGGGAGCGUUUCCUUUCAUCAAUGUGCAUUGAUGUAGCAGAAAACGUGGAGGAGAUAAGAACCCUUAUCUCAGCACCUGGAACCCUUGCUAAGGAUUUCAUUGAGGACAGUCUGCAAUUAAAGGGAUUUCGAUUCUUGUCUAAAUCGGGAUUUACACAUCCAAACUGGGAUCUAUGAGUGGAAAAGUGGCGAAGCCUAAAGAAGACAAGGAUGCUUCCAAGGUCCAGGAUGACGCUGCCCCAGGUACCCAGGAGUACAUUAUGUUACGGCAGGACUCCAUCCACUCUGCGGAUAUAAGGAGUAAAGGGUCCCCCUUUCGUGCUAAGUGUCACGAAAUCUUCUGCUGCCCACUGAAGCAAGCCGUCCACAAAGAGAGCGCAGAGCCCGAAGAGCCCCAGCUGAAGGGGAUUGUGACGAAGCUGUACAGUCGACAAGGUUUCCACCUGCAGCUGCAGGCAGAUGGAACCAUUGACGGAACGAAGGAGGAGGACAAUGGUUACACCAUGUUCAACCUUAUUCCAGUGGGGCUGCGAGUGGUGGCCAUCCAGGGGGUGCAGACCAAACUCUAUCUGGCUAUGAACAGUGAGGGCUUCCUGUACACAUCAGAACACUUUACACCAGAGUGCAAAUUCAAGGAGUCGGUGUUCGAGAACUAUUAUGUGACAUACUCCUCCAUGAUAUACCGGCAGCAGCAGUCGGGCAGGGGCUGGUACCUCGGUCUGAACAAGGAAGGAGAAAUCAUGAAGGGGAAUCAUGUGAAGAAGAACAAGCCAGCAGCCCACUUCCUCCCCAAACCUCUAAAAGUGGCUAUGUACAGAGAGCCAUCCCUCCAUGACUUGACAGAAUUCUCCCGCUCCGGCAGUGGCACGCCCACCAAGAGUCGGAGCGCCUCGGCCGUGCUCAACGGAGGCAAAGCCGUGAGCCAGAACGAGUCCACGUAGCCCGGUCUCCCGACCCAGGCCUGGGGCCGAACCACAAAAACCUUACCUCCAGCAGAGCGUGAAUCCAAGCAGACUUCUCUCACCGAUCAGCGGUUCAGGACUAGCUACGACAACAAAGCAUAUGCAUACACCCUGACAUCAUCACUAAGUAACACCUAGGUACCAUUCUUACAUUAAUUAUCAUUAAAACAUCAAUAGUUAGAAACUAUAUGGCACAUUAACCAUUCUUGACUUAAAAAUUAUUAAUUUUUCUUUGGGCUUGAGAGUUCUCUAAUAUCUUAAUCACUCUCUUUAAGUGAUGAUUGCAUACCAGUUAGCUCAUCUUUAUCUUUUCUUUCUUGAUUUCCUGUGGAUAAUAUCAUUUCUUAGGUCAUGUAGACACUCGUCCAUCUGUCAGACAGGGACAGGAAGUUAGACAUGUAGGCAUUCAGGGCAGCCAGUGAUGGUGCUGGUCUACGAGGCUACAGUGGUACAGUGUAAGCCCUGAUCUCUGUCUCAUCCAUGCUUCUGUGAAUACAAAGCCUAUAAACUCCCUGGCAUGGCACAGCCCAGUGCUGCUGGGACUGUUGCCAGCCAGAUGGUAGCUCUCCUGCGUCCUAGUGCACACGCUCAGAGACUGAGCUCUCUAGCAUGGGAAAAUGAAGCCUAUGUUCAGCUUGACCUGAAAUAUAAAAAGGGACAGCGUGGCUCUCUUGCAGAUUUUUCUUUCUUUUCAAAAACGCCACAGCUGCACCUUGAUUUUUUGCUAAUUUUCUGAAUUAGCCGAGAGCUGUUCAUUUGAUAACUGUUUUUUUUUCUGUCUCCUCUUGUUCUCCUCCCUCGCCCAUUGUUCGGUAUUUGUAUUUUUGUUGCUGUUUCAUCAUUGAAAGGGGUUCCAGCAAACCAAAGACAGAACGAAAGAGUGUCCCUUUAAGCCGCUGACAACCAAGCCAGUGUAAAGGCAAAGCUGGAAUUUUUCUUUUCACUGUACAUUUGUGAUGAAAGAGAGAAAAGAUUUUGAGGAGGAAAAAAAGGAACAAUGGACUAAGGAGUUAUUUUCAACACUUUGAAGUUGGCAGCGUGCUUGAUGUUGUGCUUUUCACUGAUAUGCUCGAUGGCCAAGGUAUGAAACGCCUGUUAUAGUACGUCCCCAUCCCCUUCUGUUACUCCUGUGUCACACGUCUUUUGUCCUCGUGAUCAGUUUCCUCCCUCUGUACUUGUGUCAGACUUCCUCCCCCUUUGCCAUCCUUUUUCGUCAACCUUUAUUGACUGAUACAUUUCACCAUAGGAAUAUGGUGCAAGCCCCUUCCCAGGAUGCUUGUUAUGUGUUUGAGUAACUUAUUGUGGUGACAAUAUUUUCUAUAUUAAAAAAAAAAGAAAACUGUGGACUUUUAGGUGGCUUAACAUUUUAUAGGACACGUCAUAUUUGUAAAAGUGAGAAAAAAAAAAUAAAAAUACAAAAAUGAA